AUGAUUGGAAUCUCAAGGCUCUGGGUGGCUUCGGCGCUCCUGGCUGAACAUGCAUUUGCUCGUGGUAGUCUAGUCCUACGCAAUGAUACGGAAACGUAUGCGACGGGCCUGUUACAUGAGUCGAUGGAUUGGAUGGACAUGUAUUACGAUAAUGAAAGAGCAUAUCUGUUCAGCUUGGAUGCUGCUGCUCUGACACACGAGACCAGAGCGAGCGUUUGGUAUGCAGCUGGCUUGUUGGCGCGCAACGAAGCCGAUGACGUUGAGCAGGCAGUACGGAUCGUGAAGAAUGUCAUCGGAGGGCAAUUCAAAAACGAAAGUCAACAAUGGUUUGGCGACUACCAAAAAUAUCCAGAGGAGCCAGCCGUAGGUACAGAACAAUACCCAGCUGAGAUCUACAACUCGUGGGAUCCCAACUGGCGCGGCUUCAUUGGCACGACUUUCGUCGUCAUGCUAGAGGAAUUUUCUCAUCUACUCCCCCAAGAUGUCCAAGACUACAUGAUGGAAAGCUUGUUCAACACCACCAUCGGAGACAGUUACCGCGUUGGCGGCGUCGACGACGAUAAUCUGUACCCGGCUUACAGCAACCCCUCCAUCAUGCGCGCCUUCGUCUCUGGCUACGUCGGUCGCCGCGCCAACGACUCCAAUAUGACGAUCGCAGGCGAGAACUACGCGAAAGAAAUUAUCGACCUGUUUGUCCGAGACAACACACUUUCCGAGUUCAAUUCUGGAACCUACGCUGGUGUUUCGCUGUUUGCGCUUACGCUUUGGGCGAAGUAUAUGCCAAACGACAGUCUGAUGGGCGAGUAUGGACCAAGAAUGCUUCGCGAUACCUGGUCCGUACUGGGAGAAUUGUAUCAUGCGGACAUGAAGAACGUGGCUGGGCCGUGGGAUCGCGCAUAUGGGUUCGACAUGAACAAGUAUCUGAGUAUCUUAGCGCUGCAAAUGUGGACGCUUGUGGGCAAGGAGAUGGCACCUAUUAACAAGAAGCCGUACGCCAUGGGCCAUAAGGAUGACUUCGCGAUUGGCCCCCUAAUUGCUAUUCUGGCGCCCUACCAUAACACGCUAGUUCCAAACGCCACGCUCUCAUCUCUGUCCAAGUUUCCAGGCACACAUACUGUUAGGACCUCCGCAUUCUCUCCACCGUACGACUAUGAGCCGCGAAAUAUCACGGCUUACCUCUCCCCUGAUCUGACCAUCGGUGCUGAAUCCUUCAACGAAACUGUCGUCGGUGGCCCGGCUAAAAACCAGAACUCUUUCAAUCCAGCAGUCGUGCAGUGGAAGAGGCAGGACGGUAGUGUGGGCUGGAUGAGUUUGUAUGCUCAGAGUUUGGCUUUGGAUGUGGCGGUUGAAGAGGGAAGCUUGCAACUUGAGUAUCCGGUGGGGAAUGCAUCAAGUGCGUUUUCAUUCUUGGUGGGAACGAACGGCUGGGAUGGUAAGAGGGAUGUGGCAGGUUGGGCGGAUGUAGAGGGUGUUCAAGUCAAUGUUACCGGAUCUGUGGAUCUAGAACCCGAUGUUACAUUCAAUGGGCUGUUUGGCGGAGCUGGUGAGGUUAUCAACGACUUUGAGUUUUGGAACUUCACGUAUAGGAUGCCAGAAGGGAGCGAGGAGAUGCCGUGGGUAAGGCUGAACUUUGAGGUUGUGUAG